AUGUCCGAGCAAGCUGCGCCUCCCCCGGACGUGCCCAUGGAGAUAACCAACGACAGUAUCAAUUCUUAUCCCGAUGCUAGAGAAUCCGACGGACCGGAACUCCAAGCUUCCGAAGCUAUCUCUCAUGAUGUUGCUGGACCUUCCUCAACUUUCAUCCCACCCACGACUGCACCCUUAUCCCCACCAUUACCGAAUCUCAACACAAAGCCAUUCCCAGCUAUCGAUAUAGAUUCUGACGAAGAAGAUUCAGAGGAUGACGAACCUGUUGCGACUCUACCUAUAUACCUAUCCACGGCGUUGGGAAACAAUAUCGACCUGUAUCAAUAUCCGUUACAACAUCGAUCUAUCACUGUACCGACAUGGGCUAGGGAUAGGGGAAAAUACAUAUCCGCUAGGGUCAAAGAGAAGAUAAAUAGGGUUGAAAUUGAGAUCCCGGUUGACGCAGGUCAGAGUUACUGGAGGGAGGAAAGAGCAAGAGAUCUAGGUUUCGUAACUGAUACGAGGGAGAUCAACGGUAAUGGAGAUGAUGAUGUAGUUGGUGGGUAUGGAUUUGGUGGUGGAGGUGCAUCGAAGAAGGAUAAAGAUAAUAGGAAGGCUAAAGGGAAAGGAAAGGAGAAAUGGGGCGACAAAAUGAGGUUGAGGAGUGAACCUGUACCGAAUGCUACGGGUUAUUACUCUGGUGUCAUAAGGGAUGGCGCACUUCAUCUCCACCCCAUCUCAAAACUUCAUCAAUUCCGUACUUCCUUAGGUUACUUGGACGACGCCGAUGAAAAAGCCAAAGAACGAUCCACACGACGUACAGCCAAUGGCGGGACAGGCGGGGGUGAUUCAGACGAUGACAAUGCGAAGAAGAAACCUGUCAAAGAUCUAAGACAGCAGCAGAGAAAAGUGUUGGACGAAGAGGAUAACGAUGGGAGUGGAAGUAUCAAAGACUUCAGGAACAAGAUGUGGUGGAUGACUAAGAAAGAGGAGGAGGAUCAAUGGGUACCUUAUCAAUGGAGAGCAGGAGAGGACGAAGAAGUAGCCGAGACGUUGGAGCAACUCGUCGUUCCGCAAGACAAGCGAGAAAGACUGACAUGUAAAACCCGACCGUUGGAUUAUCUCGAUCGACAGGAUAAGAUGCAGAUUGUGUAG